CUUUUGACAAGCUGAAGAGACGGGCUUCUCUUAGUCAUAUCGGAGCUGCAGCUGCUCUGAGAGGAUGGAUGAGAGGACCAGGACCGCAGUCUGCAACACACAAUCAGCUUUGCAUUCAGCACUAAGAUUGCUUGACCCUGUCCGCCUGCGGUGUUAUUCGCUGCAGCGCUGCUUCCGCGUGUAUCACAUGGGAGCGAGCAUCAUGGAGUCCGAAGCGGGCAUCAUGGAGCACACAGACCAAUCCACCAUCACAGAGCGCGUGGACCGGCUGACCGAUGCGUACAGGAGUCUUCUGAUGGGAUCGUGUCCCAGCCAAAGCGCUGAGGAUGUGGCUCUUCUCAUAAGUUCUGCGGUGCGUGGACUCGUCCCCCAUCACAGAGCGCGUGCUCCAGCGGGGAUUUGCAAUGACAGCUGGGUGGAUGUGAGCUGUCUCAGUUUGACGCUGUUGGUGAGGAUUACAUCCAACCUGACGUCUCGCAGCCUUUCUCCUGCAGUCACGUGGUACUGCGAGGACAUCCUGGCGCUGUCCUUUCAACGCCUGGCUCUCAUGUCUCGUCUCAUUGACCAGUUCCAGAAUGACGACCGGGUUGUCUCACAUCUCGCUGCAAAGGCCGUGUCCGCGUGUGUUUUCCAUCAGCUCCACCAAUCUGGUAUAUUCAGUCCUGUCUGGCUCCAGAAGUGUGUGCAAGUAUUUUCCUGCUCAUCCCAUGGACCUGACUUGGAUUCCUGUCUGUGGUCUCUUACUGAAGUCUUAAAAAGACUUCUUAAAGGACCUCAUCAAGACCUCCUUGGGGAACUCCUGGCAGCUCUUGACGCCAGCCUGAGUGCAUUAUGUUCAAAGUUUCUCCCUGAAGAGAGGACCGCGGGAGCACAGUGUUUGAUGGAUGCUACCUCCACGGCGGGUCUCCUGCUGGACCUGCUGGAGGUGCUGACUGCUUCCAGUCUGAUUGGUGGAGCUGAUUUAUGUCUGAAGAGUCAGAGAAUAACCAUCAUUCACUCCUCAGCGCUGCUGACAACAGUCAGCUGCUCGCCCCAGUAUUUUGUCAAAAAGCGAGCUCUGCUGCUUCUGAAGAGAGCGGUGCUGCAGAAGGCUGGAGAGGACUGGGCUUCAGCAGGACUGCUUUCCACUGCGCUCCGAUACAAUAAUUUCCACUCGGACAUGAACAUGCUGGCUCACAGUGUGUUGACAGCCGUGGCUGCAGGUUGGUUGCAGAGUGUCCAAGUGAAGUCUGCCUCUUACUUUGGGGGGACCAAAGUUAUCAGAGGCGAGGAAGGGCACAAACCAGACUGUGUGGUGCUGAGAGCCGUCAGCCUGCUUCUUCUCAAGUCCAUGGAGCUUCACAUCCAAACCGCUAGGGCAACAGCAGGAGUAGACAGUGCCUUGGAGGUCUAUGGGUAUCUGCAGAGUCUGUGGGGCUUCCUGAGGCGGUGCAGUGUCCAGCUGACGGAGGUGACACACCCCUGCUGCUGGUUCAGCCUGCUCUUUGGGGACCAGGACGACGACAUGAUGGAGGCAGCCAAAGCUUUGUUUUCCAUUUUCCUGCAUCACAGACGGUGUUCUGGGUUGGAUGACCUUGCUUUGUUGGAGGCGGCCUGUGCCCAUGGCAGUAACCCUCACUGCCACUUCCUGCUGCUGCUUCAGACCAUCUCAUUCGACCACAGCAUCCUCCUUGACUUCCUCAUCUCCACGGAAACCUGCUUUCUAGAGUACUUUGUACGGUACCUCAAGUACCUCCGAGGGGACUGGCAGGGCUUCGUGGCAGCAUGUGGAAGAAUCAGCUGGCACAGCUCUCCUCUUCCCCUGCAGCACUCCCUAACUGAGUCAGGUGGUGGCGACAUGGUAAAGGUGACCUGUAAAGGCAGGUCAGAUCAAGUCGUAGUCAGCGCAUGUGUACAGCCCACUACAGGUGGUAUUUUACAAGUGGGAACCAUCAAUCUUGUAGGGUACGAUAGUUCUGACCAGUCUGAUCCAGAGAACAUGGAGGUUUCUGAGGAGGAAGCCGGACCAUCUGUCUGUGAAAGCAAUAAAUGUAGGGCCAUGGAUGUGAAACCAAAGAUUAGUGGCCCUCCGGUACCUAUGAGGCAAAAACAAUAUGGCUCAGCGGUCUGUAAACCUAACUCCCCUCUGCAAAGAAGACCGGAAGGGCCAUCAGUCCUGCAGAUUGAGCAACCGUCCCCAUGCCCAACCAUGUCGGGACAGCUGGGCUGUGAAACAUCAGCCAGAGCCGUGCUGUGCAUGUCACAGCUCCGAGAGGUGGUGACGAGGCUGCACUCAAAGAAACUCUUCCCAUACAACCCUUGCUCUCUCUUAAAGCUCUUAGCACAAGUAGAUAACUGUUCCCAGCCUCACGUCUGAUCCAUUUCAAUACAUGAUCAAUCGAAUCUGAAUAAUGUGGUCCAGAGUGUGAUAUCGCUCCCAUGAGUUCACUGCAUGUCUAUGGACUACUACUACUUUGACUUAACAAUCCCUGGAGGGGAAAUAUUCCUUCUUUUUUGUCACCUUAUGCACAGAGAGGAUCUACACACGUAAUAAGCUGCUUACUGUGACGUAUCCGUUGGCUGUUUCAGGUGCAACAACCAAACAUUUGAUUGUGCAUUAUGAGGUUACUGGUAUGACUGCUCAAACUGAACCAUUAGCACAUGUAUAGACAUUCCUCUUGCACAGCCACAGUCCAUUUAGUAUAACUGGAGCUGCCGUGUGUGACGUGACAAUGUUCAAAUGGCUGGCGGCUGAUAUACAACAGAACAA